AUACUUAUUACGAAUAUACGUAUAUGCGGCUGAUGCAACAUGCGGAAAAUUCCCGGAAAAAUUAACCAACAAGUUAGCGGAGUUCAUAAAUACAAAAUACCCUAUAAGGGCCGCAGACUUGUUCAGCCUCUUUAAUAGCCCCCUCAGGUAACAAAAUGGCAGAAGAAGAUUGGGAUGCGGAAAUUUGUGGCCUUGUCCAGCCAGUUAAACAUACCUUAAACCACUGGCAGCCAUCAACUUCGAGCAGCAACCAGUAUGAUGACGGUCACUAUAACAACAACAAUUCCCUAACACAGUCUCGGGUUUACCAUAACUCCGCAUAUAAAGGUGGAACAAGAUCAGAUGAAAGACCAGCUGGCUUUGGCAUGGGUCGUGGUAGUGAAAGACCAGCUGGCUUUGGCAUGGAUCGUGGCAGUGAAAGACCAGCUGGCUUUGGAAUGGGUCGUGGUCGAUUGGCAAAUGAUUCAUCCAAUGGCACUAGAUCUUCUGGUCACUCUGAAAGAAACAACUGGAGAACUGAUGAAAAUGAUACAAGUUCUAAGGCUAAAAAUAUGCGGACACUUUCUAUUGAAAGUCAGUUUGUUGGAAGAAUUAUAGGUAAAGGAGGUGCGAAAAUUCGGGAACUUCAAGAUGAAACCGGCGCAAGAAUAAAUGUGGUCAGGGACAGUGACAGUGAUGGCUUCACGUCCGUGACAGUGUCCGGCAGUGAGGAUGCCAUGGCAAAGGCAGAGGAGAUGAUCAACGAUCUGACCACAGACAGAGGACCACCUCGCCAUGGGGGACAGAGAUUUGGAGGGGGCAACUCACAUUAUGGAGGUGGAGGCGCCUCAUUGAGCCGAGACACAGACCAGGAGCCAAGUGGGGAGGCACCGAGGCAGCAAAUCAACUGGGGAAUGAUCCUGAAGGACAAGGAGGAGAAUGAUAGAAAGAAAUUUGCAGCUCUCCCUCCUAUCAAGAAGAAUUUCUACAUAGAGAGUCCCGAGGUAGCCAACAUGCAUCCCAGUGAAGUGGAGAUGAUCAGGGAGAACAAUUUUAAUAUCACUGUCACUAACCUGUCAAAAACAUCGAAGAGUGUGCCAAAUCCUGUCACCACAUUUGAGCAGGCCUUUGAGCAUUAUCCGGAGAUUCUGGACACUAUCUACAAUCAAAACUUUGGCCAGCCCACUCCCAUACAGUGCCAGGCCUGGCCAGUACUGCUACAGGGUCUGGAUCUGAUAGGGAUUGCUCAGACUGGGACUGGUAAAACGUUGGCCUUCCUUCUGCCGGCUUUCAUCCACAUUGAUGGACAGCCUGUCCCCCGAGAAGAGCGCAAAGGCCCCAACGUGCUGGUGCUGUCCCCCACCCGUGAAUUGGCACUUCAAAUAGAGGAGGAGGUGAAAAAGUUCUCAUACAAGGGAAUACGCAGCAUAUGUGUAUACGGGGGUGGCAACCGGAGAGAGCAAAUCAAAGUGUGCACUGCUGGGGUAGAGAUUAUCGUAGCAACCCCCGGGCGACUAAAUGACCUUGUUAUGAACGGAAUAGUCAAUGUGACCUCAGUAACUUACCUGGUGCUGGACGAAGCUGACCGCAUGCUGGACAUGGGAUUUGAGCCUGAGAUAAAAAAGAUUCUGCUGGACAUACGGCCGGACAGGCAGACUGGCAUGACUAGUGCCACAUGGCCCUUAGAUGUUCAGCGUAUUGGUCAGUCCUAUCUGAACCCCAUCCAGGUGUUUGUGGGAUCCCUGGAUCUCGCUGCUGUUCACACAGUAACACAGAGGGUUGAGAUAGUGGCUGAUGAAGAGAAGAAACAGCGGGUGAUGGACUUCAUUAACCAUGAGAUGGGUCCUGAUGAUAAAGUGAUCAUCUUUGUGGGCAAGAAAGUCAC